AUGGCGGCUACCGAUGCUAUUGCUUCCUUCUUCUGCAUGGAAGUGGUAAAUGGGGAGAAGACGUCGUUGGAGGAACCUGUGGCUAAUUUGGCAUCCCUUUUAGAUUCCUUUAAGGAUGUGUUUCAGAAGCCAGCAUGGCUACCCCCUUCACGUGUACAGGAUCAUGCCAUACAUCUUAAUCCAGGAGCACAACCGGUGAAUUUCAAACCAUAUCGGUAUCCCUAUUUUCAGAAGCAAGUUAUGGAACAACUUGUAGCUGACAUGCUCAGAGAGGGAGUCAUCAGAACCAACACUGGUCCUUUUUUUCUCCUGUGCUUUUGGUGCGCAAGAAGAUACGAGUCUGACCUGAAGAUGUCGCGAAGACGACAUUUUGCACUUAUGAUGGGCAUUACGAAUUCUUCAUAA